CAUUUUCCAUCAAUUUGAAUUUCUUCGUCUGUGAAAUUUCGACAUUUCGAACAACUCAACUUGCGAAACUUCAUCCACGACCAAAGAACGCGUUGCCAUUAUCACCAUGCCUCCCAAGCAGAAGACCCCCCGCGUUCAGGAGAACAUCUCCCUGGGUCCUCAGGCCCGAGAUGGCGAGCUCGUUUUCGGCGUCGCCCGCAUCUUUGCCAGCUUCAACGACACUUUCGUUCACGUUACCGAUCUCAGUGGACGCGAAACCCUAUGCCGUGUCACUGGUGGCAUGAAAGUCAAGGCCGACCGUGACGAAUCUUCUCCCUACGCUGCCAUGUUGGCUGCCCAGGACGUUGCUGCUCGCUGCAAGGAGCUCGGCAUCAACAGCUUGCACAUCAAGAUCCGCGCCACUGGUGGCAAUGGCACCAAGACACCCGGCCCCGGUGCCCAGUCGGCUCUCCGCGCCCUCGCCCGUUCCGGCAUGAAGAUCGGUCGCAUCGAGGAUGUCACCCCUACCCCGUCCGACAGCACCCGCAGAAAGGGUGGUCGCCGUGGUCGUCGUCUAUGAGCGUAUUGUAUCGUUCAGUACCAUUACCUGGUACCUGGUACCUCUUCUGCACGUGAAGGCGAAGGCAUUGGGCAUGGGAAAGAAAAAGUACGGGGAGAACGGCUUCAUUGUUGCCUGGUCUCCAUCCAUUAUUUGGAACCCCCUUUUUUAAGUAGACAAAUAAGAGAGUUAGUCUGCUAAGUACCUUGCUGCUGGUCACUGCGGAAUCAUGACGACGAUUCUUUGCCCCCUCCCAUGUUUCCCCCAUGCUACAUUGACGAGUUGUGCUUGCUUGUCGCUUAGGAGAAUGAGAGUAUUGAAGUAAUGAAGAACACUAAGAGUAA